AUGGCGUCGGAACAAGGCUUUGUUCCAACGAGCGUAAAUGUGGAGAUUGAAGGGGAUAUUACUGUACCCGGAGCCCCUGAAGAAGAUGAAGGACCUAGCACACUAGAUGAGCCUGUAUUGGAAACAUUAGUAAGUUGUAUUUGAACGGUAUUUCGAUGUUUCUAGCUUGUGAUCAUCCACUAUGAUUUCGAGACACUGAUGUUUAUUUCUGAUUUGUUUCAUCUAUCAUUUCAUACUUUCUGAUAUAGAAGCGAGAUUUAAAAGCCGUGGGAAAGAAAUUUCUUCAUGUUCUUCUUCCAAGACAAAGCAAGAGCUUAUUGAGAGACUGUAAGAGUGUUUUUUUCGAUCACACUUACUUAUGUUUGUUUGAUAGAAGUUGAAGUAAGCUUACAGCUAUUAUUCAGAUCUGUUGGGUCUAAAACCUUAUAUUAGAGAGCUUCUGUUUUAAUUGAAUUCUGACCGUAUAUUUUCUCUCGUCAGGGGAUCUUUGGGGUCCGUUAAUCCUCUGUGUUUUAUUAGCUAUGUAAGUAUACAUUUGAUGUCAUGGGUUUGAUGUUAUCAUCACGUUAAUUAUUAUUGUGAGAAUGCCUUAAACUGGUAUAAAUUUAAUUUAUCCCACGAUGUAGCGUGCAUAUGAUCUUUUGAUCCAUGAGCUAAAGCUUGUAUAUCAAACAUUUUUUUAAGCCUUAAAAUAAUUUUUAAGGCUUAAAGAUUCCUAAGAAGGCAUAAGGGACAUAUUUUACAUUUGAAUGACUCUAAAACAUGUCGGUUCUUUUUCGGGGACAAGGAUAAGUGACCAUUGAAUGCAUAAUGUUGACAUUGUAGAGUGAAGAGAGUGAGUAUUUCUUUUGGAGUGAGAGCAUUUGCCCCCGUGAAGUGUUGAAGGUGUUGAUUAGUAGAGGUUCCAAGACUGUUUAUAUUAUUUUUAAUAAAAAUUUUUAGUAGAUUAUGGCCCAGUUUCAUUUAACAAAGUGGAAAUAAAAUAAAAUAUUCAAAUAUUUAAAAUAAUCAUCAAGCCUUUUAGUUUGCAAUUGCUUUGUACAUUUAAAUGUCACCUUUGCAGUUCUAUAAAAUGUUGAUGAUUUAAAUUUCUUCUUUGGGGAUGUGAUUAAUGCUGCCCAUACUAAUAACAUAUUUUCUGAAAGUUGUGGUAUCCAUAGUAACAAAUGGCCACCAAAACAGCUAAUAAUUUGCUUUUUGCACAGGCUUUUAACACACAAUAUAAUAUAUUGUCUAGUAUUAUAACCUGAAGAUCAUUGGUUAGACUCCUUUUGGGAGUACAGUACUUAGAUUUUUUUAAAAAAAUGAAUCUACAUUCACUUCUUUGCUCCUCCCUCUCGGCUUCUUAAAUGCUAGUUAGCAAAACCUUUGCUGCUUACUGCACAUGGGUAUUUUAUUUAUUUAGCAAUUAAUGAAUGAGGCUGAGUAGGAUAUGAAGAAUUAAACAGAUUGAUGAGGGUGUUAUCCACAGAGGCUAAAGGCCAAGGUGGAUAACACCUUGCGAGAUCUGCUUAAUUCUUCAUAUCCUGCGAAAGCCGAAUUCAUUAAUUGCUUUAUUAUUCAUUCAAAAUAAUUCCUAGUUUGAAAACAUAGCUAAAACAUGCUUACCUGCAUCGAUGUUAAGUUCAUCUUCGGAAGUGUACAUUAAGGUUUUCGCAAAUACUUCAAAUAGAAGAUGUCACCCUCCGAGAUGUCUUCUUGCUGUUUUUUCCAUGUUUUUAGCUAUUAUUUCACCUAGUUCCUGCUGUAGUUCUUACUCUUGAAACGAGUGAAAUGUCCGCUGUUGUUUUUUUUUUUUACAACCAAAACAACUGAACCUUGUCCCCAGGUCUUCUCGGUAAGGGUGCCUUAACCUGUAGCAGGCUGCAUUUUUGAUGUCAUUUCCUUGUUAAACACAAAAUUCUUCCAAAUCUGGUCAUCAGUAACUGGUUUUGGUGAAUUAUGCAUGUGCUUUUAGCCAGUCAGAAUUGGGGAAAUAUUUUGAAUGAAUAAUAACAUGAUUUAUAUUGACAAGAUCUGUUGGAUCAAUAUUAUUGUUUACUCAAGACAACCAAAUGUUUUGAGAGGGCUGUGUGAUAUAUUCAUGUGCAUGCUCAUGGGGUUGAUUUUGAUGUGUAGGAUGUUACAAGGACACAAAGUGGUAGACAGCAACAAUGACGGCGGGCCACAGUUUGCGGAAGUUUUUGUGGUGGUGUGGGUAGGAUCUGCAGUCAUCACUGUAAAUUCAAAGUUAUUGGGUGGAACAAUGUAAGUAUUGUGUAUUAUAAUAUUUCAACCAUACUAUGCAAAUCCUCACAAAUAAUCACAAGAAGUAUUGGGUGAGCCAUUCAGGCAUGUGUAAAACUGUCCAUGAGAUAUGACGUCAGAAAUAAGUUGUUCAAUCAGUAGGGAUGGACAAGUUGUGUCCUGAUGAUAUUACUACUUGUUAAUUAACUGGAAAAAUGAUUGCUAUUGGUCAAACAUUCUGUCAUUGAUGAUGCAAAGGGCUCUGUAACAACUUUGCAACUAAUGUGUUAGUUGUACAGAUCAACAAAUUAAUGAUUAUCGGUUAUAAUAAAACAAGAAGUGAUAAUAUAUAUUUUUUAAAUUAUCUAGUAUAACUGACAAUUAUUAUGGUCAACUAGUCAAUGUGAGCUGUUGACCAAAAAGUGGCUGUAUCUGUUGUGGUGCAAUUUUAUCCUUGGUUUAAAUUGUAUUUUUCUUUGUCUCAAACUCAUUAUCACUCAUUAUCGUACCCAAAGACAAAGAAAAUAAAAUUUAAACCAAGAACAAAAUUGAGCCACAACAUAUCCACGCUGAGGCUGAAGAACACAUUUUCUUAGCUGGUCAAAACUUCACAUUGAUAUGUCAGAUCUUGGACACCCGUCUUAAAAUAAGUCAAGGGUGGGGAGGGAGAGUUCAUCGUGUACAUGAUGGUUGGUAAUAUUUGUAGCCUGAAAACUCAUCUUUUUCUGUUGGCAAAUAUUUUAAAUAGGUUUCAGUCCUGAGCAUUUCAGUGCUUGAAGCUAAAUUUUGAUUGAAGUUUAUCAGGGUUUGAGAAAGUGGAACUCUACUGUAUCUGAAUUUAUGCUAAUCCAAUGAUAAUUUUCCCUUUAAUACUGCAGAUCAUUUUUCCAGAGUAUUUGUGUGCUUGGAUAUUGCAUUUUACCUCUAAAUGUAGCAUUGACGGCAUGCCGGCUUAUCUUAAUUGCUAAACAGUCUACUCUCCUAUUUGCUGUUCGAUUUAUUCUGGUCAUACUAGGAUUUGUUUGGUCAACAAUUGGUAAGUCAGAGUACUGUGUAAGUUGUAAGUUAAGCAACUGAAUUGUUGUUCCAGUUUAACUGUAUUGAACAUAUGCCCCCACCCCCUUCCCCCCCAAAGACACUGGUGUUUUCCAUCUCUGCCAACUCUGGACAGAGCUUUUGCCACCUACUAAAAACCUUAUUGAACACCCUGUAAUGUGGACAUUUGAAAUCAUUCCCUGUAUUGUCUAAUUUGUGAUUGUGCUGGAGAGAUUAUAGCCAGUGCCACAGAUGAAACUAAACUCUGGUUAAGUCUGUCUGUGAAACAACAUGGAAAUCUAGUUCUGGGCGUCCAUUUUUGUACUAGGAUGUGAGUACACUCCAUGAUUGGUCUGUUUUGAAAAGAAACUGAAAACAUCCUUCUGGUAAUUCAUUGAGUCCAUUGGGAAUAUGGAAUAAGGAUCUUGGCACCGCUUGCCAGACGUUACUAACCUAGGUUAAAUUAUCAUUGUCUACGUCGUAGGCUAGGGAGAUUACAGUCCUCUUAUGACAUUUGCAAGUGUUAUGGAGCUCAAGACUCGCCUUAUCCUGUGUACAGCUCCUCCAACCCUCAAACAAGGGCCCAAUUUUUUUCCUGAAGGGAGGGGGAAGCUGUACACUAGCUAGAAUACCUUUAGGCUCACUAGCCAUAUGUCUACUGAAAGGAUAGUAAUUUCACGAGGUAGAAUUCAACUCUUACUAAGGGGGUGUUUACAUGACAAAACCGGCAGCAGCGCUAGUUCCAUACCAGGAUGACUUCUUGAUUUCAUGAUGCGUUUACAUGUUUGGAUGUUUUUUCCUUGUCUCAUGGCCAACAUGACGAUGCCAUCCUGAACUGAUGAAAACUACACGUGCGCUACCCAUUCCAGCCCACAGGCAGACGGAUUUCACACCGAAACAAUUUUUUUUAUUGGUCGAUACCACUGCAAAAUUUCCUACCGAAGUGAAAUUCACACUCCAGUACAACAACCGAGGUGAACUCAUGCCGGUGUGACCCGUGCCAGCGUGACAUCUUGUGGUGAUAUCAUGAAACAAAUACAGCUGGAACCGUAAUGGACUCGCACCGCGUGAAAGUUUCCCUGGUGUCAUGUAAACACCCCCUAACAAAUCAGCAGUUCUCUGGUUAGUACUUAUAAAGUUUAACUUAAACUAGCAGCAUUUUGAUUGAGCCAUUCCGUUUGUCAAAAUGAAACAAGAAAAAUAUUCAAUCAACAGACAGUAAACAACCAAAAGGUCUUGUUGUUUAUUGACUACUUGGCAUCAGUGAAACGCAUUAUUUACCUACAAGUUUACAAAUGAUGAUAUUAUUGUUGUCAUUUUUUCCUAGACUUGUUAAUGUUCUAAAUAUUGAAGCCCUGGUGAAAAGUUUGUUUUUUAACUGUUCUGACUUGUAAACAUUCUUCCCCUAAAAUUAACCCUCAGCUUCCCAAAAAAUUUUUUGUGGAGAUAAAUAAUAUUAUUGUACUUCACUCCACAUUGUAUUCAUUUUCAUCUCCUGGUUGUGAGUACGAAUAAUUCUCUUACUCACCGUCCUUCGAGUAAAAUCGAGGCUUCGAGGCAAGUUAGGGCCUGUUUACGUGCAGGUGGGGUACCUCAAGUAGGUCAUGUAACCCGCUUUGGUAGGGUAACCCGUCUGUCCGUACAAUAUUUGAUCACGUUUACUUGUUAGGAGGGGUGACCCGCCGCAUGUUACCUCACCUAUCUGGGGUUCCCCCACCUCCAUGUAAACAGACCCUUCUGUAUCAAGUUGGGGUGAUUUUUGUCUCUUAGCCUUGAGAAGUAGUUCCGGCAGUGAGCUAAAAUAUUUAGCUAUUCUUUUCCUUUUCGUAUUACAUACAAAACUUUCUUUUGAAUUCAUAAACAGUAGGCGACCCUUUACCUUUCGAUUUUCUCCACCGAAAAGUUGGUUGUAGGGUGAUUGUGGAUAUAGCUAACGAGUGCUUUUGCGGUCAAUAAUUGACACGUUUGAAUAUCAUAUACAUCUGAGUACGCUUUACAAGCAGUAAUUUAAAAUUCGCCUAUCUAUUCAAUCUUAUUUUAGCGUAAACAUUAGUUCGUUGUGCGUGAGAAAUUCCACUUGUUUAUAUUCUUCUGUCCUCAAGACAUCGCAUAUUCUUUGCUUGUUUCCCUCACGUCGUCGGCUUCUCGCGGUAUUUUUCAAAGAAUGACAAUUUUUGCUCACAUGUUCAACUUUACUGAAUUGAUCCAUCAGCUACAAGUCUUUAAUCCCCACAUUUUUUAAAAACACGGUUCAAUUGUCAUGGUUCCUUUGUUAUUGUUUCUUUUCUUCUGGCUUUUCCGCUACGUCCGCUUGCUGGGGGAGAUUAGGAGCGGCAGCUUUCUUCUCUUCUUCGUCAGGUUUUGGUUUUGGAAGUGUCGGGCAAGGACCUUGAUCGCAAUCAGCCGUCUCGCUCGCCGGUCCAUCACACGGCUUUCCACCGUUGCUCGGCGCUGGGUUAGUACAGCUUCGAGUCCGUGUCUUCUGUCCUUUACCGCACGUCAUCGAACAAGCGCUGUACUCACUCCACGCCGAAAAUCCACCGUCUACAACUGGACAAGGCUCUGUGUUGCAUGCUUCUUCUUGUCUCGUCUCACCCUCGCAGUUUUUCCCCCCGAACACAGGUGGUGGGUCAUUGCAUUGCCUCGUUCGAAACCGCUUUCCUCCGCCACACGUUUUAUCGCAUUUAGUAAAUGCAGUCCACUGGCUGAACCUUCCGUCAACCGGACAGAUUUUUAAGAAGCAAGGUUUCUCGUCCUUGCUUGGGCCGAAGCGAUAACAGUCCUUACCAUACCUCCCCGGCGGCGGGUUCUCGCACAAACGCUGUCGUUUCUGGGUCCCUUCACCGCACUCCUUAGAGCAGUCGCUCCAAGCCGACCAUUCUGUAUAACCGCCGUUUACAGUUGCCUUAAGGAACCAGUAGUAACCUCCGAGGAAAAGACAACCCAGAGCGACGGAAAACGUAAGCGUGGGCAAAAAUCUUCUAGAACACAUGUCUAUCAAUGUGGGAUUUAACGUUCAAGUUCUAAACGAACUCGUUCAUAACAUCCUUCUUCAGUAUACUCAGAAUCAACCGGCCGUGACUCCGUCACUGUACUCUCUGUUUUAUGCAUAAUUUAACACGUGGCAAGCGAAGAUCUGAAUUUGCAUUUUGCGCCCGAAGUUACCAGAGAAACCGAGGGCAAAAAACUCGCGAAACUAAUACACUGUAAGCGAAAUAUUUAAAUGGAAAUCAUUUCGAUGUUGCUUGUUGCUUGUUGCUUAACUAAAAGAGUCAAAAAGGUCUCGGCCCUGUUAAAACUGACGAGAAAAAGGCGUUUGCAUCAGUACUGUUUUUAAACAAUACUGAUACUAAAACGCUUUUGUCCUCUUAAAAUUCUUAAAUAUGAAGUUGAAAAGAAAAAAAAAAGGAAAAAAAAAAAGUUAGGCCCUUCAUAACGUAGUCUGCUACACAGCCGUUUUUAGUGUCGUCACGCAACGCUCCUUCCCACAAACGCCGUUAGUGUGGAGGAGCAUUGCGUGACGACACUAAAAACGGCUGUGUAGCAGACUAUUCAUAACGCGGAAAUGUUUCCUACUCUUACUAUUUUAGAGUCAAUGUAAUCAUUUUCCUUGUCUCCCUCAUACAGCCGUUUUUAUUGUCGUCACGCAAUGCUCUAUUCUUUGUUUACAAUAGCAUUCUUUGGUCUAAACAUUCAUCGUCGUUUCUAAGUGUAGUCAGCACGCAGACGAAAAUAAACUCUGGUUAACUAACUAACCAGAGUUUAAUUUCGUCUGCACACAGGCUAUUCUAAGUGUUGAAAUUAUGGAGAGCCGCAGGAAUUUUUUUUCGUUAUCAAAUUCCUUGAAAGAAAUUUUGUAGGCCAUAGCAUGAAUAUUUUUUAGGGUUAAUUGGCGUGCAUGAAUUUUUUUUGUCAUUUAAUUUUCCCUUGCGCGAAUAUCUUUUUUGUACUUCGCCCCCCACCUCCCCCGCCCCCAUAAGUUUUUUAAUGGCCCGUCCCAGGAGCCGAUUACUUUUAAGUAAUCGGCUCCUGCCCGUCCCUAAUUCAACAUAAGCCAAUGGUCGACUGAGUACAAUAACAUAAAGCAGUAUGACGUAACAAGAACAAUUUAUUGUUAUUGUGGUUAAAAAUUAUUGAUUCGUUUUGAGGCGAUAUUCUUUCUUGUGCUCUUGUGAUAUGUAACCCUCCUAACCGCAGGAUGAAGAAAUUUCGUCUGUACGAUAAUCUCCCUAGGACGAAUUUUCGUCUAGAUUUCCUUCUACAACAAAUAAGAUAGCAGUCCACGAUUCCUUGUCACCAUUUUUUUGCAUUGUCGAUGCCUAUCCUGAAAACAGUUCCUUUCUUUUUCUCUUUUUUAGACAGAAUUUUCCGGAAUAAGCCAGAAUGUAUUUCUUUUCCAGAAUAACGUCAGUCGAACAUACCCUAAUUCUUUUUUUUCUUUCCGUGUGUGUUUUUCUUGUAGCUUCUGUGAAAUUUCUUGGAGACAGCCAACCAACUAACAGAAAAGCCCUUGCAGUGUAUCCGAUAGGCCUGUUUUAUUUUGUCAUUGGCUGGAUGAUCAUUUCUCACUCAGGCUAGCAGGGAACAUAAUGCACAACAUCUUACAAAGUUCUCUCUUCCGUCUUUUUAAUCGCUGGGGAUAUUAAACCUUUUUUGCAGUCCAGUAAGAGUCUUCGGGGAUUGACUGUUGAACCGACAGUUAAGGUUGCCAAGCGACAAGAUGUAUUCUGAUAACGCAAUGUUAAUGUGGCAUUUUUUCAUUGGAUAAUCCGUGUUCCAGAAGUGGCGAUCCUAUUGGUCAGCGGUGGAAUGGACCUUGCUAUCUGUUGUUAGACCUUCAAGCGUCUUUAAAAUGUGUUGAGGAAACUGAACAGGCCCCUACGGUUUGUGUUGAGGGCCUUUGAGUGUUACAAAGAACCGUGAAAACACAAUGUUUAGUAGGCCUCUUCAAUGUGCAGACAAGUCCGAUAGUUUUUACUUCGUACAAGCAGAAUAUGUGAAAUAGUCAGUGCCAUCGCCGAAAACUUCGAAAAGAUAAGUUGUCGCGGCAGUUUUCAUUUGCAGUUCCUCAUAAAAUAAAUAUUAGAAAAAUAAAGUAAUGUACAUAAACACGAUGAAAACAAAAACCAUUGGCGAAGGGUUUAACAUCGGUAAGAUCAGAUUUUUAUGUAGCGCGUAUUUUCCACCCUUCUCGUGAAAUUGUUUGCAACCAUACAACGACUGCAGGGUUGUGGCCACCUAAGGCGUCAUUUAGCCUGUGUACAGCCGCCUCCUCCCCUCAGAAAUCAGAGAAGGGCCCCUUCUUCGAUUUUUUUUCUGAAGGGAGUGGCGACUGUCAUUGCUUCCUUUAAACAUUAAUGUAUAUUCUCAGAAGCGUAUAUGCUUCUGAUAUUCUCCACUCGGCCUUUCAUGCAUUUUACUGUUACUAAUGAUGAAAAUUUGGUAAAAACAAAGCGAUUUUGUCCUUGGUCAUCAUUUUGUGGUGAAAGUUUGAAGUGGUUGUUCGUAGGUGUUGUCGAUUUGUUCGGGCUAAUGGAAGUAGGUAUAUUUUGUAUGUUUAGAGGGUUGCAUAUCGUUGGAUCUGUGAGGAACAGAACUGUUUCUGUUGAUCCGUUAGUGCAAAAGGAGAGGACAAUA